AUGCACCACUGGCCUGCGCGGUCUUUUUCUCUUUAUCCAUCUCGCCGACAACCUCGACAACCAGCCAUUCGAGCUCGACAACAACGCCAAACGCUCCAGGAAGUUCGCCAACACAUUCUGAGCAACCAUGUCUCAUCGCAAGGUUCGCUGGCCUACCUCCCGCGUAAGCGCGCCGCCCGCCACCGCGGCAAGGUCAAGUCCUUCCCCAAGGACGACGCCAAGAAGCCCGUCCACCUGACGGCCGCCAUGGGCUACAAGGCCGGCAUGACCACGAUCGUCCGCGACCUCGACCGUCCCGGUGCCAAGGCGAACAAGAAGGAGGUGGUCGAGGCCGUCUCGAUCAUUGAUACCCCCCCUAUGAUCGUUGUUGGUCUUGUGGGCUACAUCGAGACCCCCCGCGGCCUGCGCUCGCUCACCACCGUCUGGGCCGAGCACCUGAGCGACGAGAUCCGCCGCCGCUUCUACAAGAACUGGUACAAGUCCAAGAAGAAGGCUUUCACCAAGUACGCCAAGCAGCACUCCGAGUCCUCGGGCGCCUCCAUCACCCGCGAGAUCGAGCGCAUCAAGAAGUACUGCACCGUCGUCCGCGUCCUCGCCCACACCCAGAUCCGCAAGACCCCUCUCACCCAGAAGAAGGCCCACUUGAUGGAGAUCCAGGUCAACGGCGGUUCCAUCGCCGACAAGGUCGACUUCGGCUACGGUCUGUUCGAGAAGCCCGUCACCAUCGACUCCAUCUUCGAGCAGAACGAGAUGAUCGACGUUAUCGCCGUCACCACCGGUCACGGAUACAACGGUGUCACCUCCCGUUGGGGCACCAAGAAGCUUCCCCGCAAGACUCACAAGGGUCUGCGCAAGGUCGCCUGUAUCGGUGCCUGGCAUCCGUCCCACGUUCAGUGGACUGUUGCUCGCGCUGGUCAGAUGGGUUACCACCACCGUACCUCUGUCAACCACAAGGUUUACAGAAUCGGCAAGGGCGACGCCGACGACAACGCCUCCACCGACGUUGAUGUCACCAAGAAGACCAUCACCCCUCUCGGUGGCUUCGUCCGCUACGGUGAGGUCAAGAACGACUUCGUCAUGGUCAAGGGCUCCAUCCCCGGUACCAAGAAGCGUGUCAUGACCCUCCGCAAGUCCAUGUUCACCCACACCUCGAGAAAGGCCCUCGAGAAGAUCGACCUCAAGUGGAUCGACACCUCGUCUGAGUUCGGACACGGUGCUUUCCAGACCCCCGCGGAGAAGAAGCAGUACCAGGGCACCCUCAAGAAGGACCUUGCUGCCCAGUAAAGGAUCGGUUCUUCACUUUCAUUGUAUCAUGGUCAUGGCAUCGGUGUAGAGGGUUCAAGUUACUAUUCGGAUGGUUUGGGACACCUUUGAGGUUAAAAUGAGUGCCGAGAAUUCAAAAGUCAAACCAAUGAUACCUAGAUGACC